AUGAAAAUAAUUAUCAAAACCUUAAGUGGAUAGACUUUUGAUCUUGAAAUACAAUAAACAGAUACAGUAAUUCUGAUUUAUAAAUUAGGUUUUAAAAAUAAAAGAAAAAAUUGAAUAAGUUAAAUAAUUUGAAGUAGCCUAAUAAAAACUUUUAAGAAAAGGAACUCUUUUAUUAGAUAAUUAAACAGUUGGUGAAUUGGGAUUUUAAGAGAAAGACUUCAUUGUAGUAAUGGUGAACGUAAAAGUAAUUCAUAUAAUUAUAAUUUAUCUAGAAAGGUCCACCUUAAUAAUAACCUGCAUAAUAAUAGGUACAUUAGGUACCUUAAUAACCACAACCAAUUUAAGCUUAACAACCAGCUUAAGUAUCAAAGCCAUUAAGUAAUCCUUUAAAUAUAGGGACUGCUUCAGAAUAUGAUAUAACAAUCCAAAAUUUGAUUCAAAUGGGAUUUGCGAAAUCUGAAUGUGAAGCAGCUAUGAAAGCAGCAUUAAACAAUUAAGAUAGAGCUAUAGAAUAUUUAUUAAAUGUAAUGAAAUAUCUUGCUAUUUAAGGGUAUUCCUAUUGUUAAUCAACCACCAUCAUAAUAAGUACCAAAUGCUAACUACUAAAUAGAUUAAAAUACAUUGUAACAAUUAAGAGAACAAUUUACUUAAAAUCCAGAGGCAAUUCUAUAAAUGUUACCAUAAUUGUAAUAGAUAAAUCCUUAAUUAUAUUAAGUAAAUAAAAUAAUUACAUUUAAUUAGUAAAUUUAAUAAAAUCCGUAGGCUAUAAUUUCUUUACUUUUAGGACCUGGCUAGGAAGGACCAGAUGAGAUUGAGACAGAGAUAACCUAAGAAGAAUAAUAACACCUUAAUUAGUUAAUAAUGAUGGGAUUCACAAAAGAAGAUGCUUUAGAAGGAUAUUUGACUUGUGAUAAAAAUGUGGAAACUGCGGCUUCCUAUUUAUUUGAAAAAUAAGCUAGAGGAGAUUUAUUAAGUAUAUUAUCAAUAUAUAUGUAUGACAGGUUAACAUAUUGAAAGAGAAGAAAACAAUCCUGAAAAUUAUCAUGAUGAAGGUGAAGAUGAUGAUCAAGAUGAUGAUGAUUCAUAUUAUUGA